GAGAACUAAAAUACUUGCAAAGUGAAGACUUUGGAUAUGCGAACGCUACUCAAGACCGUACAAGCUGUCUCUGGACGAUCACAGCGUAGACGAGCGUACCAUGCUUCCGUCCUUCCCUCCCUCGUUUCACCAGGCUCCCCUGAGUUCCAGGCGAAAUCACAAGCGAUGGACGCGCUCGUCGCCGAUGUUCAAGACAAGAUGGGGCAGGCGAGGCUGGGUGGUGGACCGAAAGCAGCUGAGCGGAUGCGGAGCAAAGGCAAGAAGCUACCUCGAGAGCGACUUGGACUCUUGCUAGAUCCGCAAACACCGUUCUUGGAACUAUCGUCGCUGGCUGCACAUGAUGUGUACCCGGGUCAGUCUAUCCCAGGCGCUGGAAUUAUCACAGGAAUUGGAAGGAUAGCGGGCAGGGAAUGUAUGGUGGUUGUUAAUGAUGCGACUGUGAAAGGAGGGUCAUAUUACCCUCUCACUGUGAAGAAACAUCUCCGAGCUCAGGAGAUUGCACGGGAGAAUGGAUUGCCUUGCGUGUAUGUCGUGGAGUCAGGGGGAGCGGCUUUGCCUCACCAGGCGAAUGUGUUCCCUGAUAAAGAGCACUUUGGUCGUAUAUUCUAUAACAUGGCUCAAAUGUCAGCUCUUGGUAUACCACAAGUGGCCAUGGUACAUGGUAUCUCUGUUGCAGGUGGAGCGUAUGUCCCUGCAAUGGCCGACGAGAACAUCAUUGUCCGUGAACAAGGUCGUAUAUUUUUAGCUGGGCCCCCACUUGUGAAAGCUGCCACCGGGGAGGAAGUCGACGAAGAGACGCUGGGUGGAGGAUUGAUGCACUCGAGCGAGAGUGGCGUGACGGACCAUUUGGCACGAGACGACGAGCAUGCUAUUGCCAUUGCGAGGGGCGUGAUCGGUGACCUUGGUACAGCUGGAGGGUACGUUACGCCCAGGCCUGUCGUUAGACCGGAAGAACCGUUGUAUCCUGCGUCAGAGCUUCAUGGUAUUGUUGGAACUGACCUUCGCCAAGCAUUCGAUAUGAGAGAUGUUAUUGCACGCGUGGUGGAUGGGAGUCGGUUUAGGGAAUUCAAGAAAGAGUAUGGUCCGACUAUGAUUACUGGUUUCGCACACGUACACGGUUACGAAGUUGGCAUUGUCGCCAACAAUGGUAUUCUUUUCUCGCCGUCGGCUCUGAAAGCCACGCAUUUCAUUCAGCUGUGUUCACAACGACAAAUUCCACUUCUUUUCCUCGUCAACGUCACAGGGUACAUGGUUGGCUCCAAAGCUGAACGAGGAGGAAUAGCGAAGGACGGUGCAAAGAUGGUCCGAGCGGUAGCGUGCGCAGAUGUACCUAAAUUAACUGUCAUCGUGGGCGGUAGCUUUGGAGCGGGAAAUUAUGGUAUGGCUGGUCGAGCUUAUUCGCCUCGCUUCCUUUGGAUGUGGCCUAAUGCCAAAGUCUCGGUCAUGGGCUCAGGACAGCUGUCACAAGUCAUGACAACCGUAUCAAAAGAUCCAGGGCAGCACGCUUCCCUCAAAGAUGAGAUUGAAUCUCAGUCGACAGCACUGUACUCUACUGCCCGUCUGUGGGACGAUGGUAUCAUCAAGCCUACGGAUACUCGGGACGUCGUUGGGCUCGGCCUUGCACUUGCUGGAAGGGGACGAGCUGGAGGGCGCGAGAGGUCGCGGUCUACGACAUGGGAUGGUUCGAAUCAUGGAUUUGGUGUAUUUAGAAUGUAAUAUUAUAUGUCAAAUCUACGAGGCCAAGCAAGCAACGAGCUGUAUAUAUCAU